GCGCAGAUAGUGCUCCCAGAAGACCAAGACCCGCGGCAACAUGUCCAAGAAAACCGACGAGGGAAAGAAGAACGUCGUCAUCGUCGGCGGAGGUGCUGCUGGCGUCGAAGUCGUACAGCAACUCGCAAAGCAGCUCGACCACGCGCAGUACAACCUGAUCUUGCUUAAUGCGCGGCCGUACUUCGUGCACGUUAUCGCCGGGCUGCGGAUGGCCGUCUCCGAGGCGGAGCGGCUCGAAGACCAGGUGCUCAUCCCUUACGACCGGCUCCCAGCGACCUUUGUCCAGGGCACGCUCGUGGAGAUCGAGGAGACUGCUCCUGGCAAGGGCGGUGUGCUCGUCCUCGCGAACGGCGACCGUCUCGAAUACGCGGCCCUCAUCCUCGCAACGGGUUCCAAGUGGCCAGGCCUGAUCGACUAUGGAGACUCGAACGAGGAGGUGCACGAGAAUAUCAGGAUCUGGCGCGAGAGGUUCGCCCAGGCGAAGAAUGUGGUCAUUGCGGGCGGAGGCGCGGUCGGUAUCGAGCUUGCCGGCGAGAUUGUCGACGCACAUCCGAACACUAAGGUCACCAUCGUUCAUAGCGGCACGCGACUGAUGAACGACGUCUACCCGGACAAGUUCCGAAAGAGCCUAGAGCAGAAGGUCCUCUCCCGCGGGAUUGCCCUCAUAGACCGGGACUACGUCGACAACUUCCCCGAAGCACUCACCGCUACCGACAUCGUCACACGCAGGGGCAAGACAAUCAAGGGUGCCGACCUUGUGAUCCCGGCCUUUGGCUCGCGUCCAAACACUGGCAUUAUAAACACACUCGGAGCCGGCGUCCUCACCGAGGCUGGCUACGUCAAGGUGAAGCCGACGCUCGAGCUGCCGGACCAUCCGGGCGUGUUUGCCGUGGGCGACAUCGUCGACUGGAACGAACAGAAGCAGGCUUUCAAAAGCGGAAACCACGCGUCCGUUGCCGUGCCGAACCUGCUCAGCUUCCUCCGUGGCCAACCCCAGAAGAAGGUCUACAAGGGCUCGACAGAGAUGAUCGUCGUCCCCAUCGGAAGGUCGUACGGCGCAGGGUAUUUUGAUGUUCUCUGGGGCAUCACUGUGGGUAACUGGUUCACCGGCAUGAUCAAGGGGAAGGACCUUCUCGUAGGCAUGACGCGGAAAAAUGAUGCACCACCUUCUUAA